GUGCUGGUUGCCCACCAAAAGGCUGCGGGCCCGCACCCCGAGAGCCUGCCAAGGCCAAACCGUAAGCCCCCCUCCCCGCCCGUCUAUUGUUCCAAACAAAAGAACAACAAAUAUCCCCACAAAACAUUGGACACUUCUUUAUGCCGUACUAACACUUCUGCGGCGGCGAAAAUGAAGAAAAUGCGCAGAAGUCAGCUUUUACGGGUGCUUCCCCUGGCCGUACUGCUGCUCGAAGUGGCCCUCCUGCCCGUCUCCGUGCUGGCCAAGUCGAAGAACAAGAACAAGAACAACCAAAACAACGCCCAUCAUGGCGAAUCGACGGCCUCAGCGUCGGCCUCGUCCAACGACGACAACAAGCCCCGGAGCGGCGAAAACGGGGGCCAGCAGUUCGCCAUGGAGCCGCAGGAUCAGACAGCCGUUGUGGGAUCCCGAGUGACGCUGCCCUGCCGCGUGAUGGAGAAAGUUGGGGCCCUCCAGUGGACCAAGGAUGAUUUCGGCCUGGGCCAGCAUCGCAAUCUGAGCGGCUUCGAGCGUUACUCGAUGGUUGGGAGCGACGAGGAGGGCGACUUUUCGCUGGACAUCUAUCCGCUGAUGCUCGACGACGAUGCCAAGUACCAGUGCCAGGUGGGACCCGGUCCGCAGGGGGAACAGGGUAUCCGUUCAAGGUUUGCAAAGCUCACGGUUCUGGUGCCGCCGGAGGCCCCGAAGAUCCUGCAGGGCGACUACAUGGUAACCACUGAGGAUCGCGAGAUCGAGCUCGAAUGCGUGUCGGUGGGCGGCAAGCCAGCCGCAGAGAUCACCUGGAUCGACGGCCUCGGCAAUGUCCUCACCAAGGGCAUCGAGUACGUGAAGGAGCCGCUCUCCGACUCGCGCCGCAUCACCGCCAAGUCCAUCCUCAAGUUGGCGCCAAAGAAGGAGCACCACAACACGACCUUCACCUGCCAGGCCCAGAACACCGCCGAUCGCACCUAUCGCUCCGCCAAGCUCCUGCUCGAGGUCAAGUACGCCCCCAAGGUGUCUGUGUCCGUCGUGGAGGGGGCCCUGGCUGGCGGCAAGAUACCGGAGGGCGCCGAGGUCGUGCUCAGCUGCCAGGCGGAUGCCAAUCCCCCGGAGGUUACCUACAGAUGGUUCAUCAACGACGAGCUCAUGACGGGAGAUUUCACCACCAAAAUGAUCAUUCACAAUGUCACCCGUUCGUACCACGAUUCGAUUGUCAAAUGCGAGGUGGUCAAUGCCGUGGGCAAGAGCGAGGAGAGCGAGACCCUGGACAUAAGCUUUGGACCCGUGUUCCGCAAGCGUCCGCAGACCGUUGAGGCCGACCUGGGGGCCACCGUGAGCAUGCGCUGCGAGGUGGCCGGCAAUCCUACACCGGAAAUCGAGUGGGUUAACGAGAACUCCGCCCAGAUCGUGGGCCGUGGCACGGAGCUGAAGAUCAAGGUGAGCAGCGAGACGGCAGGACGCUAUAUCUGCAGGGCGGAGGUCACCGGAUUCCCGGAGAUCGGCGCCGAGGCACUGGUGCAUGUGAAGCGGGCCCCAAUCAUCACCUCGCACAAGGUGCAGUUCGGGGCGGUGGGCAACAAGGUGAAGAUCGAGUGCCUGGCCUUCAGCAUACCCAAGGCCGAGCAGAUCCUGUGGUCCUUCGAGAACAAGGUGAUCAACAUGAGCAGCGCCGAUCCGGACAUAUACAUUUUCGAGGAGCAGCACCUGCCCGAGGGCGUGCGGGCGGCCCUGAUCAUCCGCGAGAGCCGGGCGACCCACUUUGGCAAGUACAACUGUACCGUGAUGAACUCGUAUGGCAGCGACUCCCUGCUGAUCACCGUGGUCCGGGAGCCGGGCAAUAUACCCGUGCUGCUGGUGGUGAUGGGCUCGAUGUUCUCCGUGGCCAUCGUCCUGAUGAUCGUGAUGAUUGUGGUCGUGUACAGGAAGCGGCGCAACCGCAAGAAGCCCAUGCCGGCGGACGUCAUACCGGAGGCAUCGCGCGGCGGCGACAAGCUGAACGAACUGAAAAGCGAGCUCCGAUCCAAGGCCUACGACGUGGAGUACUCCGAGGCGGGCAGCGAGGGCCUGGCCAUCACCCUCAACCAGUCGCCGAUGCCCGAUGUCCAGAUGAAGGGCGCCACCCUGGGCGUGCCCCUGGCCGGCCCCGUCAAGUUCGAUGAGCGCUUCUCCGGGGACUUCACCGACCGCUACAAUCGCCAGUGCCACAUCAAGAAUCUGAAGAACCACCAGGAAAACGCCUACAAGGAGACCUCCGCCAACGGAUACGCCCACUACUUUGAAUACGCCCUCGACUACAGUCCACCCGCCGAAGCAGCCGGCGGCAAAUCGGCCAAGAACUCCGCCGGUGGCAAGAACUCCGCCACACUGCCGCACUCGGCUGCCCCCGUCGGUGGUGUGGGAUCCGUGGCAGCCGCUGCGCUCGUCGGUGGGGGCGGUGGGGGUGCCAGCCUACCGCGCAAUCAACGUCACGAUCAACAGCAGUCACAGCAGGCCAAUGGAUUCAUGGGACAACCGCUUCUACAGAACGGCAUCGACAGUCGCUUCAGCGCCAUCUACGGCAACCCCUAUCUACGCACCAACUCCUCGAUCCUGCCCCCUCUGCCACCGCCAAGCACCGCCAAUCCAGCGGCCACGCCAGCCCCACCGCCAUACCAUGCUGCCCGACACCACCACUCGAACGGGGGUCUCAAGCACUACGGCCAUGGCCACGGGGCCUCCCUGGCAGGCGCCACCCUGCACACUAGUCCCGCCACCGCCGGCGGACAGCUGAUGUCCGGCGGAGGGUCAGCGGCGGCGAGCCUCAACAGCGGCAUUGCCGGCGGGGCCGGGGGCAGUGUGAGCGGCAGCAGCUCGAAUUUAACGGCUAGCAGCAAUACGCUGGCCGCCACACCGUUGGCCCAGUCGGGCGUCGCUGGUGCCCAGUGUGCCCAGAGUCCAUCCGGACAGUUCAUACUGUCCAACAAUGGCAAGGGUCACACCCAGAAGGGCCCAUUGGCCACCCACGUCUAAGGAGGUGGCCAACGAGCAGGAAGAGUCAGUCUCUCUACCGAUUUACAUACACACAUACACACAUAUACAUAUAUACAUCCAUACUUAGACACACA